AUGUCUGGAUUAGCUAUGCGUAAAGGAAAAAAGUCUCUUAAAAUUCAAGUUCCAGUGGAAGAAACAAACUAUGCAACUCCGCCAAGGAAUCUUGACAAAAGUACUACAAUUACUAUUGGUGAUAAAACAUUUGUCGUAGAAGCUGAUGAUCUUGAAAAAAUGUGUGAUUUAGGGAGAGGGGCAUAUGGAGUUGUAGAAAAAAUGAAACAUAUUCCAAGCGGGACUGUAAUGGCUGUUAAGAGAAUAGCGGCAACAGUGAAUACUCAAGAACAAAAGAGGUUAUUAAUGGAUUUAGAUAUUUCAAUGAGAUCAUCUGAUUGCCAGUAUACUGUUCAAUUUUAUGGAGCCUUAUUUAGAGAAGGAGAUGUUUGGAUAUGUAUGGAAGUGAUGGAUACAAGCCUUGAUAAGUUUUACCACAAAGUAUACAGUUAUUCAAGAGUAAUUCCUGAAGAUAUUUUAGGAAAGAUUGCAUUCGCUGUUGUUAGUGCUUUGCAAUAUUUAUAUUCUAAGUUAAGGGUUAUUCAUAGGGAUGUAAAACCAUCGAAUAUUUUAAUUAGUAGAACUGGAAAAGUUAAAAUGUGCGAUUUUGGAAUUUCUGGGUACUUGGUUGAUUCUGUUGCAAAAACUAUUGAUGCAGGGUGUAAACCUUACAUGGCGCCUGAAAGAAUCGAUCCGACCGGUAACCCUUCUAAUUAUGAUAUUAGGUCAGAUGUUUGGAGUUUAGGAAUUUCUCUUAUCGAAUUGGCGACAGGAAAAUUUCCCUAUAAAUCAUGGGGAACUCCUUUUGAACAAUUAAAACAAGUUGUAACUGAUGAUCCACCAAAACUGCCUCAAGGACAAUUUUCCAAUGAUUUCGAUGAUUUCAUUACAAAAUGUUUAAAGAAAAAAUAUACGGAUCGACCCAAUUACGAGGAACUUCUUGAGCAUCAAUUUAUAAUAACUCAUCGUGAUAAGGAAACGGAUGUUGCGAAAUUUGUCGACGAAAUAUUAAAUUUACCGGAUGUGGUAAAAUAA